CCAAAAAUGCAGGCGGACUUGUCGCUCGAUGCGAGCAGUCUGCGGGCCAAGUACGAGCAGCUGCUGGAGCAAGGGAACACCAACCCGCAGGACACCAGCGCACUGCUAGCCCAGCUGCGCGACCUCAUCCUCAAGCACGGCAUCCCCGAAGAGCCCUCUGGCCAGCUCGGGCGAGCGAACAGCACGUCCUGCACACUGCGAGGACGCAUCUGGAAAGUGCUGCUGGGCGUGCAGCGACUCGACGCAGAGUAUUACAUUGCAUUGGUCAAGGCGGGCAAGGCUCACGUCCACCAGAAGAUUAGAAACGACACGUUCCGCACGUUGCGUUCGGACAAGACGUUCAGCUCGAUCGUGACAGAGGCAGAGCUCAUUCGCGUGCUGAAUGCGUUCGCCAACUCGCAGCCACCGCCGCCAGGAUCCCGUCCCUCCUCUGUACUUGUCACAAACACUCCCUCUGCGCCAUCGCCAAUAAGUCCGCCCAGCGGCGGCAGCGGUAAUAGCGGAGCGGCUUCUACACCUGGCGCGGCAGCUCAGAAUGGCGGCUCACUGCCUCAACGACCGCCCACGGAUCUUGGUCUUCCCAACGCUGACCGAUUCCGAAUCUCCUACGUGCAGGGCAUGAAUGUUCUGCUCGCACCCUUGUUAUAUGUGAUGCCAGAGCUUGAUGCCUUCUACUGCUUUUCCCGCCUCAUCCUCACUUGCCUCCCCGCGUACGUCCAGCCGACUCUGGAUGGUGUCCAUGCUGGAAUGUCUCUUGUGGACAAGAUUCUUCAGCGUGUCGAUCCUCAGCUGCAUCAGACUCUGACCAAAACCGUCGAGACGCAGUUGUUCGCUAUGCCGCCCGUGAUGACACUUUCUGCUUGCACGCCGCCGUUGCACGAGGUGCUGCAGCUGUGGGACUUUCUUUUAGCGUUCGGUGUCCACUGCAACAUACCUUGCGUUGUGGCACAGCUCAUUCUGGUUCGGGACAAGCUACUUUCCAACGAGAAGACGCGGCGGUCGCUCAGUCGGCAAUUUCCCGACCUGGAUGCCCGCGCGAUCAUCACGCUAGCUGUGGUUUUGCUACGCGAUUUGCCAGACGACUGGUAUGAUGGGCUGGUGCGACAUCCUUUCGCGCCGCCAUCAGAUUCUCGGUAGAAAAGCCACGAAAGAAGCGGGUUUCGUGUUUUGUGUUUUUCUUUUUUGUUUGUGGAUCAAGUUUUAGAGUUGAUGUUGUCAAUGUAUGCCUGGAUGUGAAUAAUAGCAAGGGCAUGGGUUUUUUUGGUUUGUG